AUGACAAACAUGGCGGAAGCUAGUGAAGUUCGUUGCGUGGUGAUAGGCGAUUCAGCCAGUGGGAAGGAGAUGAUGCUCAAAAAAUACGCGUGCUAUUCUGGUGUUCCUUACGACAUCACGAAUGGACGAUUGGUGACUGCGUUCAAUGGCCACAAGUGCGUCUUUCUAGACUCAGCCCAAGUGAAUGAUGAUGAGCCUGUGCAUGUCUUUCUUCUCUGCGUGUCAGUUGCUCGGCAAGCCAUUGUUGAGGAAACGGCGAGAGUGAUACUGAAUACCGUACUUGACCGUAUUCAUGCGGUGCCGUUCGUCCUUAUCGGAACGCAAAUUGAGAAGCGCCUUCUAAUUAACUUCAACAACAUCAACGGUUACUGUAACGAGGCGAGCUAUCUACCUAUGCCGCUCCAUCGUGCUGAGAAGUUCGCAAAGCAGAUUGGCGCCAGCAAAUAUCUCGAGUGCUCGGAGGUUACCGGGGAAGGUCUUGAAGAGGUUUUCGAGGAGGCGUUUGAAAUCGGUCGUGCUCACGCGUUGGAAAAACUGAAAGGAUCGAGCCGACGGAAGUCUUUAAUGGGAACAGCGCGUAUGAAGAAGAUUGAGGGUUGUAUCACUCAGUAA